AUGUAUGCAUAUGGGAAUGGAAUGGAAAGUAAAGAAGAACUUCAAAAUAGACAUUAUUGUUAUUUAAAUCAUCUACAAGAAAUGGCUAAAGAUCUACCACGGAAAUAUCAACAACGACUUCCAUAUAAUGUACUUUCUGACCUGGCCAAAGUUUUGCUCGAUUCACAAUUGUUUGAAAUUGUGGCAGGCCUUAAAGAAGUUCAGCAGUUGGAAGAAAGAAAUUUAUCUAAUCAACGACUGAACUUGACCAAAGAGCAAAAAACUAGCAAAGAGAGUUUGAAGAAGAAGCAUAGAGAUCUACUUCAAGAUAACGUCCACAAGCCUCAUGAGUUGCCAUAUAUACAAGCCCGCUGCCAGAAAGAAAUGCAGGAAUUUGAAGAGAACUGUGCAAAAGAAUUGAAAAAGAUGGACACGUACAUAAUCAAGACACUGGAUCAGAAAAUCAUUGACCAGCAGAGCAUGCUUGAAAAAGCAGGCAUUCCAGGUUUUGUUGUGACAGUCGUUCCGAUCGAAAUUCAAUUACAAAUGUAUUUAUUAGAAUUUAUUUUCAGACUGAAGCAAGUUGAAUGUCCUGCAUAA